CAAGUCGGGCUGGUUCGUUGCUCGUAUCCCCUCAGAUACUGUCGCAGCCAUCGUAGAAGACCUGUUGGCCAAUUGAGCAUCUCAGUUCACACAAAAUGACCCUGGAUCUCUCCGUAUACCUGGUCACGGACUCGACUCCCGCCAUCCUCAAGGGCCGGGACCUGUACGCGGUCGUCGAGGCAGCCCUGAAAGGAGGUGUGACGAUUGUCCAAUAUAGAGACAAGAAAAGUGACACAGGCGCCCAAAUCGAGACGGCCAAGAGGCUGCACCAGAUCACCCAGGCAUAUGGUGUUCCUCUGCUGAUCAAUGACCGUGUUGAUGUCGCUCUUGCUGUUGGCGCAGAGGGAGUUCACCUGGGGCAGGAUGACAUGGCUAUCGAGGUUGCCAAGAAGCUUCUCCCCGAGAAUGCGAUAAUCGGCAUCAGUGCCUCGUCUAUCGAGGAGGCCCAAAAGGCAGUCGCAGCAGGUGCCGACUACCUCGGGAUUGGCACUAUGUUCGCCACUCCGACAAAAACCAACACCAAGUCCAUCAUUGGUACUGUCGGGACCCAGACCAUUCUCGAGGCUAUCGCAGACUCGGGUCGCUCGGUUGGAACCGUCUCCAUCGGUGGUAUUAACGCAUCCAAUGUCCAGCGAGUCAUCUACCAGUCCCGUGCCCCGAGAAAGGCCUUGGAUGGCGUCGCGAUCGUUAGUGCUAUCAUGGCUGCAGACGACCCGACGGCAGCGGCCGCAGAGUUUGCAAAACUCGUAUCCAGCCCCCCGCCAUUUGUGCGGAGCGAGGCGACUACAUCCGUCCGUGAUACCACAGCGUUGCUCGAGCAAGUGCCCCAGGUUGUCCAGGAGGUUGUUAAGGGUCAUCCGCUGGUGCACAACAUGAUCAACUACGUUGUAGCGAACUUUGUCGCUAAUGUUGCUCUUUCCAUGGGCGCGUCACCGAUUAUGUCACCGUACGGAGAUGAAGCCGUCGAUCUCUGCCAGUUCGACGGUGCCCUAGUCAUCAACAUGGGCACUCUCACGAGCGAGAGCAUCCCCAACUAUCUGAAAGCCUUGAAGGCCUACAAUGUGCGCGGGAACCCCGUGGUGUACGACCCGGUUGGCGCCGCAGCAACCGGUAUUCGCCGUGGCGCUGUCACUCAGCUCAUGGCGAGCGGUUACUUUGAUCUCAUUAAGGGCAAUGAAGGAGAGAUCCGUCAGGUAUUCGGCAGCAGCGGCGUAACCCAGCGCGGUGUCGACAGCGGGCCCAGCAGCCUCGAUAGCCAGGGCAAGGCCAGACUGGCGCGUGAUCUUGCCAAGAGAGAGCACAAUAUCGUCCUCCUUACCGGCGCCACCGACUAUCUCAGCGACGGAGAGCGCGUCAUUGCGAUCGAGAACGGCCAUGAGUUUCUGGGCCAAGUUACAGGCGUAGGUUCUCCACAAGUUUUGAAAACAGAGUCCACUGACAAUGAUCAGACCGGUUGUGCCGUGGGCACCGUCUCCGGGGCCUUCCUGACCGCACACCCGAAGGAUAAGUUUGUUGCUGUCCUGGCCGGUCUCUUAAUGUACGAGAUUGCCGCAGAGAAUGCGGCUUCGAAGGAGGACGUGCGGGGACCGGGCAGCUUUGUGCCUGCGUUCUUGGACGAGGUGUAUGCCAUCCAGCAGGCGGCUUUGAAAGGCGACCGCAGCUGGUUUACGGGACGGGCGAAAGUGCAGGAGAUUCUUGUAUAGUAUGUAGAUAGACUUGGUACGAUGAAAAGCAGUUUUUUGGUUAUUCACAA